GAUCUAGCUGCGCAUUGAAACGCGGCCUAAGUUUCGGGCGUAGACCGAGCGUGUUCCAUAUCCCUGAUAGCGAGAGCCCAGCGGAAAUAAUGACGUCAGAAACGAGCAGCAGCGAGCAGUGGAUGCCAAUGGAAUGAUACAUCAUCGACGAAGUGAUUGAAUCACGGUGUGUUUCGGCGUUCCCGUUUAAUGCGGCCAAUUCUGCGAGUGAUAUCGUUACUCCUGCCUCGAGUCAGCUGCAAACAAACAAGAAGAAUUAGUGGUCGCGUAUCUUCCCCAUUUUGAUGCAGUACUACGAGCCUUUCAGCUUUUUGUCACUCGUGCUGGUCGAGAGAUUAGGAGAGAUAAAAUAGACGAUAUUUACAUUCAACGGGAUAGCCUUCGUGGUUUAUUCACCGCAAUCAGAAUAAACAUUAAUAAAUCACAAACAUGUCUGACCACUUUGGGCCAAUUACUUUGAAAUGGGACCCGAAAAACUUGGAGAUACGGACUAUGUCCGUGGAGAAGACAUUAGAGCCAUUAGUGCUCCAAGUUACCACCUUGGUGAAUACAAAGGGUCCCAGCAAGAAAAAGAAAGGCAAAUCGAAGAGAGCCAGUGCAUUAGUUGGGACUGUAGAGAAGGCAACUACCAAUUUUAUUGAAAAGGGUGAGAAGAUCGCUUAUGAGAAUCCAGAUAUCACAGCAGAGAUGUUGAGUGCAGUGGAGGAAGUAAGAAAAACUGGUGCGGCAAUGAGUGUUGCUGCUAGAGAAUUCUCCGAGGAUCCGUGUUCGUCGUUAAAGCGUGGUAACAUGGUGCGUGCUGCGAGGAACUUACUGUCGGCGGUGACGCGUCUGCUCAUUCUCGCGGACAUGGUAGACGUGCACUUGCUGCUGAAGUCAUUGUACGUCGUGGAGGACGAUUUGAAGAAGUUGAAGAACGCCUCCUCGCAAGGCGAACUACUGCAGAAUAUCAAGGAGUUCGGCAGGAAUGCUGCCGAGCUAAUUCAGCAGGCGGCCAAGCGUCAGCAUGAACUGAAGGAUCCACAGCUGAGAGACGACUUGGCGGCCGCGAGGGCUGUCUUGAAGAAACAUUCCACCAUGUUACUGACUGCUUCUAAGGUGUUUGUGCGGCAUCCCGAUUUAGCAGCUGCCAAAGCGAAUCGCGAUUACGUACUGAAGCAAGUGUGCGAGGCGGUAAACACCAUAAACGACGUAGCCCAGGGUAAAACGCCGCCCGACGGCCAGCACCCGUAUGACGGCCCUGGCGAAUUGGCCGCCGCGUUGGACGACUUCGACGAGAGAAUGGUGAUGUCGCCGCUCGCGUACAACGAGGUUCGCACGCGACCGAGUCUCGAGGAGAGAUUGGAGAGCAUUAUUAGCGGCGCGGCAUUAAUGGCGGACUCGUCGUGCACUCGGGACGAGCGCAGAGAGCGCAUCGUCGCCGAAUGCAACGCGGUCAGACAGGCACUUCAAGAUCUUCUGAGCGAAUAUAUGAACAAUUUACAGCGCGCUCAGGGUGGGAAACGGAUGGGGGUGAAGGAACAAUCUGAAGGCUUGGAGAGAGCAAUAGAUCACAUGUGUAGGAAAACUCGUGAUCUUCGCAGACAAUUGCGCAAAGCCGUGGUGGAUCAUGUGUCAGACAGUUUCCUGGAGACAAGUGUGCCAUUGCUUGUCUUAAUUGAAGCAGCACGAAACGGUCGGGAUAAGGAGGUGGAGGAAUACGCACUUGUUUUCACGGAACAUGCGAAUAAGCUUGUGGAGGUUGCCAACUUGGUAUGCAGCAUGUCCGGCAACGAAGACGGUGUGAAGAUGGUGCGCUACGCUGCCGCGCAAAUCGAGAAUUUGUGUCCGCAGGUAAUUAAUGCGGCUCGCGUAUUGGCUGCGCGAAAUCGCUCGAAAGUAGCGCUGGACAACAUGGAGGUGUUUCGCCAAGCAUGGGAGAAUCAAGUGCGAGUUCUGACGGAGGCCGUAGACGAUAUUACGACAAUCGACGAUUUCUUAGCAGUCUCUGAGAAUCAUAUUCUGGAGGACGUAAACAAGUGCGUCUUGGCCUUGCAAGAGGGUGACGCUGACACUCUGGACAGAACGGCAGGUGCGAUACGCGGUCGCUCUGCCAGAGUGUGCAACGUCGUGCAAGCCGAGAUGGACAACUACGAGCCAUGUAUUUAUACCAAGCGAGUCCUCGAGGCGGUGAAGGUUCUCAGAGAACAAGUGAUGCCUAAGUUCGCGCAACGAGUAGAAGUGGCAGUAGACGCUUUAGGCAGCAAUCCUGCGAAAGACGUGGACGAAAAUGAUUUUAUUGACGCAUCUAGAUUGGUAUAUGACGGAGUUCGCGAGAUCAGACGUGCCGUGUUAAUGAAUAGGGCGGACGAGGACUUAGAUCCCGAAGACGUGGAACUGGACGAGCAUUACACGCUGGAAACGCGCAGCAAAUCUAGCGCGCAGACUGGAGAACACGGCGUGGACGAGUACCCGGAGAUCAGCGGCAUCACGACUGCUCGUGAGGCCAUGAGGAAAAUGCCGGAGGAGGACAAGCAGAAGAUCUUGCAGCAGGUGGAAUACUUCAAAAGCGAGAAGCUGAAGUUCGACAAGGAAGUGGCGAAGUGGGACGACGCCGGGAACGACAUUAUAGUUCUCGCCAAGCAUAUGUGUAUGAUCAUGAUGGAAAUGACGGACUUCACACGAGGCAGAGGUCCCUUGAAAACGACUAUGGACGUUAUUAACGCGGCGAAAAAGAUUUCUGAAGCCGGCACUAAGCUGGACAAGUUGACGAGGCAGAUCGCCGAUCAGUGCCCAGAAAGCUCUACAAAGAAGGAUCUUUUGGCGUAUUUGCAACGUAUAGCGCUUUAUUGUCAUCAAAUGAAUAUCACGAGUAAAGUGAAGGCAGACGUGCAGAAUAUUAGUGGGGAACUGAUUGUCUCCGGCCUAGACAGCGCGACCUCCCUCAUACAAGCCGCAAAGAACCUGAUGAAUGCCGUUGUGCUUACUGUCAAGGCUUCCUACGUUGCUUCUACUAAGUAUCCCCGACAAUCUACGGUAACGUAUUCUCCCAUCGUUAUAUGGAAGAUGAAAGCUCCGGAGAAGAAACCGUUAGUACGUCCCGAGAGACCUGAAGAAGUAAGAGCGAAAGUGCGCAAAGGAUCGCAAAAGAAGGUGCAGAACCCUAUACACGCACUUUCAGAAUUUCAGAGCCCCACCGAGAGCGUAUAAACCCCCGAUGUAAGUAAACGAAAACGGAAGUAACGUAUAGCAUAUAUGGCAGCAUCACCUUUCGAGAGUCGUAAGGUCAAGAUAUUUUAUUUUCGACGAUGUUUGAAGUGCGUGAAUGCACAGGAUAUCUGUUAAUCAUAACGCGCUACGCUACACAUAUGUGGGUAUAUAUAUAUACAUACAUUAUACGUGCAUAUAUUUAAGUAUGUUAAUUAUAUCUGACCGAGAAUAAUAUCCGUAAACGAAAAAUGAAUAUGCAUGAUCCCAAAAUAAGUAUAACCGACCGGACUCUCCUCGAGGGAGACCUCAAUAAUGCGAAUUAAUCCGGACUCCGAUGUACACGUGUAUUCUCAAUCUUACAAGGGCACAAUUGACGGCAGUGACUUUGAAUUGCAGACCAUAUUCGUUUUACGUAAUUAUACGGUGAGCAUCAUCUUCCGUAUUUUUGAGACUUCUUACUCCGUAGAACCAAAUGCGGUUCUUUAUGAUCUUUAGAUUCCUUUAGCUGUAAGGUCGAUACGUACAUUUCACUUAUGCAACAUAUUGCAAAACCCCGAUAUUUUCUAUAUACUAAUUUAUUUUUCGACAAUAAAAUAUUUCUUAUAUAAUCGAUUUGUAUUACUUUACACGAGAUCGGUAUUGGUAUUGGUUAUGUAUGUUUAUCAAUAUUAACCUUAAUACGACAUUCGUUAUAAUAUCGAAAUUAGAGGAAAAUCUAUUUAAGAACUCUUCUCCUAAGAAAUCUAUUAUAUCUUCUGAUAGAAAGAGAAAGAGAGAGAUUAAGCUCAGACAAGGUCGAUACAAAUUAUCGACAUGAGAAUAUCCGGAUCGAGCAUAUAUGUAAUAUUAAUUUAGGCAAAUUAAUUUACGGCACUUCGGGUUAUUUAGCUUGAUUUUCCAUUAUUCAAUUUGUAUAUAUUUAUUUUAUGCACAUGUUAAAAAGAUUUGUCAUUAUAUAUACUAGAUCUGGUAUUAUUUAUUUUAUUAUACUUUUUUUUUUAAAUUUUUAUUCUGUUUCGUAUCAGAUUUCGUAACAUAAUAACGUCAACACAAUAUCAUUAGUUUACUAAUUAUAUAUACAAAUUCUUUUCUAAACAUUACUAUAAAGCUAUUACAACAGAUUUUACUGUUUUGAUACAUUUUUUAUUCCUUUUUCAAUAAUCAGUAAGUAAUCAUAUCACAUCAAUAAUGUGUAGAAAAUCUUAAUAUUGUAGUUAUAUUGCAUAUACGUAAAUGUUGAACUUACAAUAAAUUGAUAUAUCCUUUCGGGAAUGUUGUUUGAGUUUUUUUACAAACGCCGCAAUUCCAACGCGAGCUGACAUAUAAAGCCAAAUAUAUUCGAAGGAAUCACAGUGGAAAUAAUCGAAGUGUCGUAACUUUCCCUUUACUGCUAGACUUCCCCUUCGCUGAAUGCUCGGCCCAGAUAUUCUUACGUCAAUGAUACAAACCAUAAAUUAACACAGUAUUCUAUUGAAAUAAAAGAGACUGCAGAUUAAAGUAUUUAGUAUAUUAACUUGUAUAUAAAUAAACAUAAUUACAAUGUUAUGGACGAAUAUUAUUUUCGAUUUUUGUAUUAUGGACUUCUGAAUGAGAAAGUGUAUGUGAGGAAACGAAUUCUACAAUUCCUGUUUAGUCCAUAUCGCAACGAUAAUAAUCUUUUACUGACAAUUUGACUAUAAUAAUAAUAAUAAUAGUAACAAUAAUAAUCGAAUAUAUCAGGAUUUUUUAACGUUACAUGCGAGGCAUAUACUGUACUUCAUGUAAUGUACCUGCAGUAUUGGCAAAACCCGUAUUAUUGAAAGGCCAAAAGAAACCGGAUGCAAUAUGGUACAGUAUACAUCGUCUACGGUGGCUCUAUAUUGAAUAAUUCUACAUAUACAUCUAUUUAUAAAUACGUAUGAAAUGUUUCUUGUAUUUUGUAACAUAUAUAUAUAUAGAUCAAGACCUAUAUAUAUAUAUAUAGUAUUGUGAUUGUACACACACACAACACACACACACACACACACACAACGAUUUCCUAUAGAAAGAAAUAACGUUAUAAAUAUAAGACGCAAUUCAUGUAUUAAAAACACGAUUUUAACGUGCAAUGGACGUUAUAUUGUUUUUGAUGCAAUUUUCUAUAGCGUUGAAUUUAGCUCUCGUUCCAUGUAAAACACAUAACGAUAAUCUUUAUAUUCGCGGAAACGAGAGACAAACGCAGUUCUAUAAAAUUCAUGAACUCUUUACAAUGUUCUAGAAAUACUUCAUUGCUCAUAUAUAUGAUUGCAGUACCUCGAUACAAGAAUGCUGUAUUACAACAGGUUGCAGACUUUACAUAAAAUCGAAUCCCAUUCUAAUUACCACAAAGUGAAUGCCAAUGUACGAUGUAACAAAUUUCAGCAUCGUCCCUUUUUUAUUGUAAUAAAACGAAUACUGAUUAUAUUGCAGUUAUACUUUAAGACUAAGACAUUGUAAUCAAUAUGCUGCCAAAUAUAAGGUGAUGCUUUUCUCAUAA